AUGGAGGAGGUGGUGGUAAUGGUGGAGAUGCUGGUGAUGGUGGAGAUGGCAAUGGUGGAAGUGGAGGAGAUGGUGGCAAUGGAGGAGAUGGUAAUGGUGGAGAUGGCGGCAGUGGUGGAGAUGGUGGAAAUGGAGGAGGUGAUGGUAACAGUGGAGAUGGAGGAAGUGGAGGCAAUGGUGGAGAUGGAGGAGGUAAAUGUCAGGACGAACGACGGAGCUGGUGGCGGAGAUGAAGCAUGCAAAGAUAAGGUUGCUGACUGCAAGUAUUGGGCUGCAAAUAAGGACUGUGUUUGCAAGUCGACUGACGGAGACUGUUCGUGGCAGAAGUAUGUUGCAAACAACUGUCCAAAGAGUUGUGGUAAAUGCAACAUUGACAAUGGAGGAAAUGGCAAUGGUAGUAAUGGUGGAGAUGGUGGUAAUGGUGGCAAUGGUGGCAGUGGAGGCGGCGGCGGCCACGUCAUUGACGGCUGUGUCGUUAACUGCACCCUUGGCAAGUACCUGCCACAUCCGACUGACUGCCGGAAGUUCAUCCAGUGCGCGCCCUACGGACCUCAGGAGAUGCCCUGCGCCCCAGGCACUGUCUGGCAACAGAGCAAGCUGACCUGCAACCAUGAAGGCGCCACGCCUUGUGUCACCGGCAACUACCUGACUCCUGAAGGCAAGCCUUGUGGUGGAGGCAGCGGCGGUGACGGUGGAGAUGGAGGAAGCGGAGGUGACGGUGGAAAUGGUAGUGGUGAUGGUGGCAACGCUGGAGGUGGCGGAGAUGAAGUAUGCAAAGAUAAGGUUGCUGACUGCAAGUACUGGGCUGCAAAUAAGGACUGUGUUUGCAAGCCGACUGACGGAGACUGUUCGUGGCAGAAGUAUGUUGCAAACAACUGUCCAAAGAGUUGUGGUAAAUGCAACAUUGACAAUGGAGGAAAUGGCAAUGGUAGUAAUGGUGGAGAUGGUGGUAAUGGUGGCAAUGGUGGCAGUGGAGGCGGCGGCGGCCACGUCAUUGACGGCUGUGUCGUUAACUGCACCCUUGGCAAGUACCUGCCACAUCCGACUGACUGCCGGAAGUUCAUCCAGUGCGCGCCCUACGGACCUCAGGAGAUGCCCUGCGCCCCAGGCACUGUCUGGCAACAGAGCAAGCUGACCUGUAACCAUGAAGGCGCCACGCCUUGUGUCACCGGCAACUACCUGACUCCUGAAGGCAAGCCGUGUGGUGGAGGCAGCGGCGGUGACGGUGGAGGCGGAGGAAGCGGAGGUGACGGUGGAAAUGGUAGUGGUGGAGAUGGUGGCAAUGCUGGAGGUGGCGGAGAUGAAGUAUGCAAAGAUAAGGUUGCUGACUGCAAGUACUGGGCUGCAAAUAAGGACUGUGUUUGCAAGCCGACUGACGGAGACUGUUCGUGGCAGAAAUAUGUUGCAAAGAACUGUCCAAAGAGUUGUGGUAAAUGCAACAAUGACAAUGGAGGAAAUGGCAAUGGUGGUAAUGGUGGAGAUGGUGGUAAUGGUGGCGAUGGUGGCAGUGGAGGCGGCGGUGGCCACGUCAUUGACGGCUGUGCCAUUAACUGCACCCUUGGCAAGUACCUGCCACAUCCGACUGACUGCCGGAAGUUCAUCCAGUGCGCGCCCUACGGACCUCAGGAGAUGCCCUGCGCCCCAGGCACUGUCUGGCAACAGAGCAAGCUGACCUGUAACCAUGAAGGCGCCACGCCUUGUGUCACCGGCAACUACCUGACUCCUGAAGGCAAGCCGUGUGGUGGAGGCAGCGGCGGUGACGGUGGAGGCGGAGGAAGCGGAGGUGACGGUGGAAAUGGUAGUGGUGGAGAUGGUGGCAAUGCUGGAGAUGGUGGUGGCGGAGAUGAAGUAUGCAAAGAUAAGGUUGCUGACUGCAAGUACUGGGCUGCAAAUAAGGACUGUGUUUGCAAGUCGACUGACGGAGACUGUUCGUGGCAGAAAUAUGUUGCAAAGAACUGUCCAAAGAGUUGUGGUAAAUGCAACAAUGACAAUGGAGGAAAUGGCAAUGGUGGUAAUGGUGGAGAUGGUGGUAAUGGUGGCGAUGGUGGCAGUGGAGGCGGCGGUGGCCACGUCAUUGACGGCUGUGCCAUUAACUGCACCCUUGGCAAGUACCUGCCACAUCCGACUGACUGCCGGAAGUUCAUCCAGUGCGCGCCCUACGGACCUCAGGAGAUGCCCUGCGCCCCAGGCACUGUCUGGCAACAGAGCAAGCUGACCUGCAACCAUGAAGGCGCCACGCCUUGUGUCACCGGCAACUACCUGACUCCUGAAGGCAAGCCGUGUGGUGGAGGCAGCGGCGGUGAUGGUGGAAAUGGUAGUGGUGGAGAUGGUGGCAAUGAUGGAGAGAGACGAGGAAUCUUCCCACAUCCACGAGACUGCAGGAAGUGGAUUCGGUGUCUGAAUGGAGAACCGUAUGUUAGGAGAUGUCCCUUCCACCUUCACUUCAAUCCCGUACUGAGGGUGUGUGACUGGCCCCGCAACGCUAAGUGUGUCGCCACCGGUGAUUCAGAAUGCUCCGUGCCAGAGCCCAUUGUACCCACGGAGCCGCCCAAUGUGAAGCCCGAUAUAUGUGACUGUGAAUGCUGUCUCAGGCCUCAUCCCGAAGACUGCACUUCCUACUACUACUGCGCGCCUGGAGCCAACGCCGAGUUCCACACCUGCUCUGAGGGACUAGUGUUCAACCCGCAGCUAAGCCAGUGUGUGAUCCAGGACCAGUAUCCGCAGUGCCAACCGGAGAAGCCCCCCACUUGUGAUCCCACGUGUGAAUGCCUCUAUCCUGCAGAGGCCUGCACCGAGUACUACAAGUGUGAUGGAGAUGGUGUCCCAGUCAAGCACGAGUGUCUCGGUGGACUAUACUUCAACGAUGAGAAGCACUCGUGUGACCUGCCAGAGAACGUGUCUUGUGAGCAGCGCCGCAAGAAAAGUUUCGACUUUGGAGAGACACAAAAGUAUAUCAAUCCUGAUGACUGCAAGAACCUUCAAGGAGUCUUCGCCAAGAAAGACGAUCCUUCUGCCUAUUACCUGUGUAGCAAGGGCAUCGCCUUUGUCCUGAAAUGCCCCGACGGUGGCGUAUUCAGCUCAUCUGCUGGCAAGUGUAUCCUCAGAAAAUAA